GAUAUCAAUUAGAGAUAUAGUGUCUCCCCUGCCUUGACAAACUUAACCCAAUGUGUGCAGAUACUGGGCUUGUGCUGCUGCAUUAAUCAGUGCCUUGGUGAAAGGCCUAAUUGUACCGUUCGUGUGGUUUAAAGGCAGAUGAGAGGACUAAUCCUCCCUCCAAGCACAUCGCUGUAGGUGCAGCAUCCGCCCCGCUGGUGCUUGAGAAAUGAAAGUGAAGGAAACGAAACCUACACCUUUCAAUUCCACUAACCGGAUUCUGCUCUGCCACCACCCGCUGUUCGCAUCCUCUGCAGUCACACUUCUGCAUGCGACCGGCUGCUGUAGUGGUCUGAGACAAAAUCUCAUCUCAGCAGACUUUUAUCUAGCGGGUUUAAUCCUUUUUUCCCCCCCCAUCAUUCUUUCUUAACGGCUGACAAGGAGUCGUCACCAUGAACACCCUGAAUCAACAGUACGAGGAGAAGGUGCGUCCCUGCAUUGACCUCAUAGACUCCCUUCGCUCUCUGGGUGUGGAGAAGGACUUGGCGCUGCCUGCUAUCGCCGUGAUAGGAGACCAAAGCUCGGGGAAGAGCUCCGUGUUGGAGGCGCUGUCAGGGGUGGCGCUGCCGAGAGGAAGCGGCAUUGUGACAAGAUGUCCUCUCGAACUGAAGAUGAAGAGAAAGAGAGAAGGAGAGGAGUGGUACGGAAAGAUAAGCUACCAGGACCACGAGGAAGAGAUAGACGACCCUGCAGAUGUGGAGAAAAAGAUUCGAGAAGCUCAGGAUGAAAUGGCUGGGGUGGGUGUGGGGAUCAGUCAUGACCUGAUCAGUCUGGAGAUCGCCUCUCCUGAUGUUCCCGACCUGACGCUCAUUGACCUGCCUGGCAUCGCCAGGGUGGCUGUAAAGGGACAACCAGAGAACAUUGGAGACCAGAUAAAGAAAUUGAUCCACAAGUUCAUCACAAAACAAGAAACCAUCAGCCUGGUGGUUGUUCCAUGCAACGUGGACAUAGCGACCACAGAGGCUUUGAAGAUGGCACAGGAGGUGGAUCCUGAUGGAGAGAGGACUUUGGGUAUCUUGACCAAGCCUGAUCUGGUGGACAAGGGCACAGAAGAGACGGUGGUUGACAUUGUCCAUAACGAGAUCAUCCACCUGAAGAAGGGCUACAUGAUCGUCAAGUGCAGGGGUCAGAAGGAGAUCACUGAGAGGGUGUCUCUUAGUGAAGCAAUAGAAAGAGAGAAAGCCUUCUUUACAGAUCAUGUGCAUUUCCACACUCUCUACAAUGAUGGCCAUGCCACUGUUCCAAAACUGGCUGAGAAACUCACACUUGAGCUGGUGCAUCACAUUGAGAGAUCUCUGCCUCGACUGGAAGAGCAGAUAGAGGAGAAACUAGCACAGACUCAGGCAGAGCUGGAGAGAUAUGGCACAGGGCCCCCAUCUAACGCAGCUGAGAGACUCUUCUACCUCAUUGAUAAAGUCACAGCAUUCACUCAGGAUGCCAUCAGUCUGGCUACAGGAGAGGAGCUCAAGUGUGGAGAAAAACUCAAUGUCUUUUCUACGCUCAGAAGAGAGUUUGGGAAGUGGAACAGUCACCUGCAACACUCAGGACAGAACUUUAACAAAAGAAUAGAGAAAGAGGUAGAGAACUAUGAAGAGCAAUACCGUGGAAGAGAACUGCCGGGCUUCAUCAACUACAAGACCUUCGAGGUCAUGGUCAAGGAGCAGAUCAAACAGCUGGAAGAACCAGCUGUCAAGAAACUUAAGGAUAUUGGAGAUGCUGUUAGGAAAGUGUUCAUACAGCUGGCCAACAGCAGCUUCACUGGAUUUCCUAACCUCAUUAAAUCAGCAAAGGCAAAGAUCGAAGUCAUAAAGCAAGAAAAAGAGUCCACUGCAGAGGCCAUGUUGAGAACUCAGUUCAAGAUGGAGAUGAUCGUUUACUCCCAGGACAGAACCUAUAGCAGCAGUUUGACUGACAGGAAGAGAGAGGAGGAUGAGGAGGAAGACAAACGGAAAGGCCCAAAAUUUCAUAAAGAAAGGAGUAUUUUGCACUUCAUGGAUAAUCAUGCCACACUCCAGGAGUUGAUGUUACACCUCAAAUCAUACUACAGAAUUGCCAGCCAGCGUCUGGCUGACCAGAUCCCGCUGGUUAUUCGCUACCUGAUGUUGCAGGAGUCUGCAGUCCAGCUGCAGAGGGAGAUGCUGCAGAUGCUCCAGGAUAAGGACAAUUUGGAGUUCUUGCUGAAGGAGGACUAUGACAUUGGCAACAAGAGGGCUGCUUUGCAGAGUCGCCUCAGACGCCUCAUGAAGGCCCGCGCUUACCUGGUGGACUUCUAGAGGAGGUCAAGGCCUAACAGCAUGGGUCUACUGUACCACUUUCAUUUGUCAAUUACAGUACAAUUGUGGCUGUAAGAUCGUGAUUGAUACUUUUUAUUUGAACUUUGCCUGGUGUAGAAUAGAAAGAUUUGCUUUAGAUGUAACAGCCAGGUCAGUGGGUAAAUGGGUACUUGUUUUAAAAGUAUUGCAAUUUGCAUUCCUAUUGUCACUCAAAGAAAGCCUAAGGCAUUUACUGCAAAACGUAAAAUGCCAGUUAUUGAUUAGAGUGGCUAACAAUGUUCCUUAAUGUAUACUUGCAGACUUAAAAUAGAUCCAAUGGCAACAUGUUAAAAUUAAUUUAAAUGCUAUUCCAACCUGCUUUACUCAAUCGAACAAUCUGUUGUCUUACAAUAAAUAUUGACAUUUUUUCCUUAA